GAAUUAGAUGCAGAAAUUGAACUUUUACAGUUGCGAGCGGCUUCAUAGCUUCCUUCCUUCCUCCGUCGUCUGCUGCUAAGUGUCUGUCUACUGACGACUGACUUGUAUUGAGAGUGAGAGUAUUCAUCCCAAUCAUUUGAAUCCAAAUGGCGUUCCUUUUCCACAAAUUUCAGGAGGGUGUGAGAACUCUUGCUAAACAACCCAUGUUUAACAGGAAUCCAAGGCAACUGCAGUUUGAGGCAGAUAUGAAUCGCCUCUUCCUAUAUACCAGCUACAAUCGCUUGGGAAGGGAUGCGGAUGAGGCAGAUGUGGAUGAGAUCAUUGACAUGGCUAAUAAAGCCUCCAUUGCCGAUCAACAGAAACAAGUCCAGGAAAACGUUCAUCUCCAAAUUAAAAACUUCUGCAUGUCUAUGGAUGAAGUUCUACUCCCUGAUGUUAAGAAGCUAAAUGAGGGAACUGAAUCACCUAAACAAUCAAAUGCUUCUACUCGACGAAGUGGUCUUAGUUUUGCCAUUGGUAGGAAUGGUCCACCAGUUAAACAUCGUGAUGUGCCCGAAACAAGGCCAUUACAGAGCACUGAUGUUUCUCAAAAGUUAAAAGAUCUCUUCGGCUACACGCUUGAUAUCAAACCUUCUCAAAUACCCCACAAGGAAGCAGGCCAAGGUUUAUUUCUAAAUGGUGAAUGUGAUGUUGGUGCCGUCGUGGCCGUGUACCCUGGUGUAGUAUAUUCCCCUGCGUAUUACCGCUACAUACCUGGAUACCCAAGAGUUAAUGCUCAAAACUCAUAUUUGAUCACAAGGUAUGAUGGGACUGUGAUCAAUGCACAACCUUGGGGUUAUGGGGGCGAAACCCGUGAAUUUUGGGAUGGUUUAACUGUUCCAGAAAACAGGCCUAAUAUGCAGGGAGAUGAGAAAGGUCGAGAUCGGAUCUGGAGACUUCUCAGUAAGCCUUUGGAUCAGAAGAAAUUGGGAAACGGUGGCGACAUAAUAGAGCGGAGGAAUCCAUUAGCUUUGGCUCAUUUUGCCAACCAUCCUGGAAAGGAUAUGUCUCCAAAUGUUAUGGUUUGCCCUUAUGACUUCCCGUUGACAGAAAAAGAAAUGAGGGUCUAUAUUCCAAAUGUAAUAUUUGGAGAUGCAGAAGAAGUGAAGAUGAAGAGAUUUGGAAGCUUUUGGUUCAAGCUUGGAGGUUCAAAAAAUAGCGGCUCAGACGUUCCUGUUUUGAAGAGUCUUGCCCUGGUGGCUACAAGGGCACUUAGCGAUGAAGAAGUGCUUCUGAACUACAGGUUGAGCAACUCCAAGCGUCGGCCAGAGUGGUAUAAUCCUGUUGAUGAGGAGGAAGAUCGAAGGAGGUGGAGCUAAGUUUUGUCAAAGUUGCCAUCUUGUGUUUUAUGUAUUACUUUCAACCGGUUCUUUCUGAUGAUGAGCGUACUUUUGGUUCUUGCUGGGUGGGGACUUUUUCUGUCUUUUGGUAUUAAAGAUCUGAAAAGCUGAAGGUUAUCUAGACUUGCAGAAAUCAUGAUGCUCAAAGUUAAGUCUUUGCCUCCGUCAUCCAAAGCGUUUAUGUUGCGAACGGUCUCUCCCAUUUGUUUUCGUUUGAUUUAGUUGCGAUGAUCUUUCUUUGAGUGAAAACCAAGCAAAACAAUGUGGAGCUUGAGCUUUUAGAACUAGUAUAGUUUGCUUGUUUGGAUUCAACAACAGGUCUAAAGAGUAAAGACAACGAGGUUAGGAUCUA